UUAAAUGCUCAGUUUCCGAGCGGACCCUGAGUAAAGCGCAACGCCAGCCUUAAAUUCAGGCUGGAAAUUCUUAUUUCCUCCAACCGUCGUCUGUUGUGGCCGCUUAUUUCAAUUAAACCAUUUCUGUGAAAUCGAGAAUUGUUGCACAGCUUAAAGCAACAAGUGAUGUAGCACUCCUGCCUAUUUGUGGUGUGUGCGUGUGUGAAGUUAAAGAAAUAAACUUACAGAAACAACACCCAACUAAAAUCCAAAACUAAUAGUAACAAAUCAAAAAAUUUGUUUCCCUGAUACGAGUAUCGUUCAACCAUUCACGACUUUUAUUUUAUAGAUUUUUUUUCCUCUCCACCCAGUACCGUGCGUCUAUUUUCACUGGGAUUUUGAACAGCUUGCGGAUUGUGUUUUGUGUAUUUUUUUAUAGUUCACAGUCGUACAUACAUACAUAUUGUAUAUCCCUGCAUAGAAUAAUAUAUAGCUUACCGGGAAGGGAAUCGAUUGUGGUCAGUAGCGUGAGACUGCAUCAAGAUGUCAUUCGAUAUAGCCGUAGCGGAUCAGAUGCGCAUCGCAUUGAACUACGUCAAGUUCAAGACGAACCAGCAGCGCCUGCGCAGCAACGACAAGGUCAUCGCCGACACGGUCUACGGCAAGGUGAAGGGGGUGAAGUGGCAGUCGAUUUAUGGCAACAACUACUAUAGCUUCGAGGGCAUCCCGUUCGCCAAGCCCCCGGUGGGAGAGUUGCGCUUCAAGGCGCCCGUUGAGCCGGACCACUGGACGGAAGUGCGCCGCUGCACCCGGGUCCGCUCGAAGCCCUGCCAGGUUAAUAUAGUGCUUAAUUUGGUCCAGGGUAGCGAGGACUGCCUGUACUUGAAUGUCUACACCAGGGAGUUGCAUCCACACAAGCCACUCCCCGUUUUGGUUUGGAUUUAUGGCGGUGGAUUCCAAAUGGGUGAGGCCUCCCGCGAUCUCUACAGUCCCGAUUACAUAAUGAUGGAGCAUGUUGUGCUGGUUGUGAUAUCCUAUCGUCUCGGAGCUCUGGGAUUCCUCAGUUUCGCCGACGAGGAAUUGGAAAUACCUGGAAAUGCAGGUCUAAAGGAUCAGGUGAUGGCCUUGCGUUGGGUCAAGCAGAACUGCCAGUUCUUCGGCGGGGAUCCUGAGAAUAUUACGGUUUUCGGCGAGAGUGCCGGUGGAGCUUCUACACACUACAUGAUGCUGACGGAUCAGGCCAAGGGACUUUUCCACAAGACUGUGAUUAUGUCGGGAUGUGCCCUGUCGCCCUGGGCACAAAUUCCCACCCACAUAAACUGGGCCUAUCGUCUGGCCCAAGCGACUGGAUACACCGGCGAGGAGAACGAUCGCCAGAUAUUUGCCCACAUUAAGAAAUGCAAGGCCAGCAGUCUGCUGAAGGUGGCCGAUGAUAUUAUUACCAUGGAGGAGCGCCAUCAGCGAUUAACCAUGUUUUGUUUUGGACCAACCAUAGAGCCCUACAUGACUCCUCACUGUGUGAUCCCCAAAUCGCCACUCGAGAUGAUGCGUAAUUGUUGGGGUAACAGCAUUCCCAUGGUUAUCGGUGGCAACUCGUUCGAGGGGCUACUCAUGUUCCCGGAGGUGAACAAGUGGCCGGAGUUGCUCUGCAAGCUGGGUGACGGCGAGUACUUGGCGCCGAGGGACGCCCAUCUGGACGAGGAGCAAAGGAAGGCCUUUGGCAGGCACGUGCGCGAAGUCUACUUCGGAGACAAAAAGCCUGGACGAAAGACAAUUUUGGAGUACAGUGAUCUCUUUUCGUAUAAAUAUUUCUGGCACGGCAUCCAAAGGACAUUACUUUCGCGAGCAAAUCACGCACCUUCAACACCCACGUUCCUCUAUCGCUUCGACUUCGACUCGAAACACUUCAACAUUAUGCGGAUUAUCACCUGCGGACGCAAGGUGCGCGGCACCUGCCAUGCAGACGAUUUGUCAUACUUGUUCUACAAUGCGGCGGCGAAAAAGCUUAAGCGCCGCACGGCCGAGUUCAAGACAAUACGGCGUCUGGUCUCCAUGGUGGUGCAGUUCGCCAUUUGUGGGGAUCCCAACAUCCCGAUGGUCACCCACGACGAGAAGCAUCAGGCCCAGGGGGCGUGGCUGCCCAUUUCGCGCGAGGACAAGGUGUUCAAAUGCCUGAACAUAUCACACGAUGUGCAGGUGAUUGACUUGCCCGAGGCCGAGAAGAUGCGAAUCUGGGACAACGUCUACGACAGAGAACUCCUUUAUUAAAUAGCUCCCUCUUAAAUCUCUUAUUUGCUCAUAGCACUCCCCAUUUAGGUAUAGCAACACGGAAAGAUAUAGACCCUAAGCCGGCCCGAGGCGGCCUUAAAUGCACAUCAAAUGUACACAUGUAAAUAGCGAUUUUGUAUAGCUUAGGCAUAGGAAAAAAUAAAAAUUGAAUAUGUUUACGGACACGAAUGGGUAAA